CACCCAGCAGUUGGCGUGAGGGGCUGCAGGAGCUUGGGGGCCAGUGGCAGGAACAAGGCUUUUCCGACCCCAUGGAGCUCUAUGAGACAUCCCCCUACUUCUACCAGGAACCCCACUUCUAUGACGGGGAGAACUACCUGCCCGUCCACCUCCAGGCCUUCGAGCCGCCAGGCUACGAGCGGACUGAGCUCAGCCUGAGCCCCGAGGCCCGAGGGCCCCUCGAGGACAAGGGGCUGGGGACCCCCGAGCACUGCCUGGGCCAGUGCCUGCCGUGGGCGUGCAAGGUGUGUAAGAGGAAGUCAGUGUCAGUGGACCGGCGGCGUGCGGCCACACUGAGGGAGAAGCGCAGGCUCAAGAAGGUGAAUGAGGCCUUCGAGGCCCUGAAGAGGAGCACCCUGCUCAACCCCAACCAGCGGCUGCCCAAGGUGGAGAUCCUGCGCAGCGCCAUCCAGUACAUCGAGCGCCUGCAGGCCCUGCUCAGCUCCCUCAACCAGGAAGAGCGGGACCUCCGCUACCGAGGCGGGGGCGGGCCCCAGCCAGGGGUGCCCAGUGAAUGCAGCUCCCACAGCGCCUCCUGCAGUCCAGAGUGGGGCAGCACACUGGAGUUUGGCCCCAACACAGGGGAUCACCUGCUCACGGCUGACCCUACGGAUGCUCACAACCUGCACUCUCUCACCUCCAUUGUGGACAGCAUCACAGUGGAAGAUGUCUCUGUGGCCUUUCCCGAUGAAACCAUACCUAACUGAGACCGUCUGCCAGGCCGGGUGGUCCGUGGGACCCCCACGCUGGCCACAGAUGCCACCACCUCGGCAGCAUGGGCUUCCUAAGCCAGGCUGUCCUGAUGCCGGAAAGCCAGCCCUGGGGCUGCCAAAUGCCAGACUAGCCCCUUCCUCCUCCAUAUAAGGGUAACUCGCCACCCAGAGAGGGAAUGGAUGCUCUCAUUUAGCUGACUCCUUACAGCAAGGAGCAUCCUGUUUCCAGGGAGAUAAAGCAGGGGACCAGAGUGCCCCUCGCGUGGGCCCCGUCAAGGGGGCAAACUCAGGAGCUUCCCUUUUUUCAUAAUGCAGCCAAUUCCACCCCCUCAAGAGAAACAGUCUGAGAGCUGAAGACCGUGUCCUAAGCAGGACGGGCUGUGUACAUGUCCUGUUCUUGUCUCUUCCCGAUGCCAGUGGCUGGGCUGGGCCUGCCCUGAAUCGAGGGAGAAGAAAGGGAGAGGAACAAUCCUCUGUUCCCAAGUCCCUGGGGGGCCAAGCUUUUGCAGUGAAUCCUGGGAACCUUCCAGUGGUUUUAUGUUUUGUGUUGUUUGUAAAGCUGCCAUCUGACCAAGGUCUCCUGUGCACAAGUUGCCAGGGACAGGCAGGGAGGGGGGCAGGGGCUCUCGGGGUGAUUUCUUUUCUUAACUAAGCAUUGUGUGGUUUUGACAUUGUUUUGUAAUUUUUUUUUUUUUUGCUAACUUAUUUGGAUUUCUUUUUUAAAAAAUGAAUAAAGACUGGGUGCUAGAA